AAAAAGUUAUUCUUUCUCUUCUUAACAACACACCACUUCUUUUAAAACAUUUAUUUAAAAAUAAUGAUAAUGAAAUUAAAGAAUUUCAUACAAAGAUUUAUCAAUAUAAUGCUGCUCAUAUAUUUAUAUCAGUGAGAGUUAAUAUUGAUCAAACAGUUUUAUAUGAACACAGUCCAUAUUGUUUUUAUAUUAGUAGAGAAUUAUAUCAUUUAUUUAGCUUACUCUUUUCUGUUAAUAAGAAAGAUCUACAAUAUGCACAACUUUAUAUAUAUGAUCUAACAAUUGCAUGUUUAUUACAAAUGAAUCAUAAUAACAAUUUAUCAUUACAAAUGAUGUAG